AUGAUUCAAAGAGCAGUACCAGGUGAAUUUACUCAUCAUUGCAUUACAGCUUCGUUUCAUUCUCUGUAUAAGCUAACUGAAGAUUUUUUUCAUGGUCGUUUUUCAGCAGUGAAAAAAUCCAUAAGAAAAGAUACAAUAGAUCAAAUUUAUGCAGCAAAAAUAAUUAGAAAACGCCAUUUACAACAAGCCAUUAAUAAAUUACGAAUACUUCAAUUAUCGUGUAAACAUCCAAAUUUUGUAAGGCUUUAUCAAGUAUUUUAUUUAUCAAGUGAAGCUAUCUUUAUACUCGAGUAUGCACAAGAAGGUGAUUUACAAAUAGUUCUCGAAUUAGAAAGUUGUUUAGAAGAAUCAAAAGCAAUAAAUAUUACUAAACAAGUACUCGAAGCUGUAGCAUUUCUUCAUGAUAAUAAAGUUGUUCAUCUUGAUAUAAAUCCAAAAAAUAUUCUUCUUGCAAACAAAUGGCCAAGUACACAAAUAAAAUUAUGUGAUUUUGGUCUAUCUUGUAUAUUAACUAAUCAAUGUUUAUUAGAAAUGUCGGGUACAACAGAUUUUCUUGCACCCGAAGUAAUCAAUUAUGAACCAGUAACAUGUGCUACUGACAUGUGA